AGUAAAAUGUCACGAGGAUUACGAUCUGUUAUUGCAAAACUCAAGCAGAAAAAAUAAAGAAGCAGAGGACAAAACAAGGAUCACCAGUGAGCAGUUACUUCAUGCUGCUCUUAUCUGUUUACUUUUAGAGGAACACAAACAGCAGUGGAAGAGGGUACAGAGAUUCAGUGUUUUGACAGGAGAUUCAGUGUUUGACCACAGGAAAGAACAGAGGAGCGUCUGUACAUUUCUACAAAGGAUGGACCGCAUGCUGGCUUUGAUUCUGCUGUGUCCAUUUGUAUAUUUCACCACCGUUACCGCCGAACAAGACAAUGUGUGUAUCAGGCCUAAGCUGGCUGCCAAUAUUGAGACGGAUGGGCUCCAGAGGUACUUUAGCCCCGGUGUGGAGUUAACGCUGUCCUGUAAAGAGGGACAUACCCCCGUGUCGGGCCCUCGGAAGAUUGUUUGCGGUGCCAGUGGAGAAUGGACGAAAACCAGAUUAAUGUGCAUACCAAAACGGUGUCCCUAUCCUGAUCCAUUGUCGAAUGGAGAAUUGUACUAUGAGGAUACUGUGUUCCAGAGUACGAUUAACUAUACGUGUGAUGAAGGGUACACCUUGACUGGAGACCGUGCUGCUGUGUGUCUUGCUAAUGGAACAUGGAGCACAACAGUACCAGAGUGCAAGCCCGUGACCUGUGGUCUCGCACCGAUCCCACAGUUUGGGAUGAUCAUUUAUGACAAGAGGAUCAGAGGGAACACCACUAAUUACAGGGUUGGAGGGACGUACAAGUGUCCUCCUCCGUACGUACUUUUUGGCAACGCAAGAGCAGAGUGCACUGUCAGCGGCCACUGGACCAAGACACCUGAAUGUCAAGUGGUGACCUGCCCUGCGCCGGAGAACAUUGACAAAGGCUACAUGUCAAGCACCGACCCAAGAGACUACGACUACAUGGAAACGGUGAAAUAUGGCUGCAAUGGAGACUAUGUACUCGAAGGAAGCAUCCAGAUUGUUUGUCAGCAAGAUGGGAAUUGGUCUGAAAAGCCAUCCUGUAAAGCUCCUUGCAGUGUUGGCAUACAGAAAGGAAGGAUACUAUACAAAGGACAAAAAAUCUGGAUCAAAGACCUACAGCCGAACAAAGUCUUACACAAGGAGAUUGUCUCAGUCUACUGCAUGGACAAGGCCAGGAAAUGUGGUUAUGCAGUAUCAACCCAGUGCAUCGAUGGAAAACUCAAAAUCCCUGAAUGCUUUGAGGAGCCCAGCGGUGUUGAUUAUACCAUUCAUUCAAGUUCACUUCCAUCAGAAAUCGAACAGUGCUGAAACGGCAGCAGAUCCCUUCUCUGAUAAACUACUUCCAUAUCCAAUAGGUGUUGGUGUGUUCUGGUUGUCGUGGUUUUCUUCUGUCUGUUCAGUCUUCUUGAACUUUAAAUAAUAGCCACAAAUAGAUUCGUAGGAACCGGACACUGAAAAAAAAAACUAUUUUUCUUAAGUACAAUGUGUUUUAUUCUUCAGAUUUGCAGACAAGGAUAAUACAGAUCUAAAAAAAAAGCAAAGGGUGUGGAUUCAGAAUCCAGACAAAGAACAUUUUCUAAGCCUUUCAUGCUACGCUCCUCCUGAUUGGUUGGGAUGCUCUUGAUAUGUCAGUAAUCAAAACACAAAAGACACUGAGCUUCUCUGACUGGUUAAGAAUUAAAUACAGGAUUGUUAUACAUUUCACUUUAUCUCACUUGGAGGCUCUAUUACUCAAGGAGACUAUAUUAUACCUGAAACUCCUUCCAACCUGUGCCUCACAUUUACAAAAUAGUUUUUAGUAUGGUGGAGCCAGCCAAACACCCUAUUAUACGAGACUCUUUAAAGUUCCUUCCCGAACGAGUCCAGUUACUCUUUCACUCUGGAAUGCACAGGUCAAAAUGAUCUUCUGCCUUUCUUUGCAAACUCACUUUCUGAUAAUCUGUACUUCAUAUUUAUCAUUAAAAUUGACACUUACAUAGUGUAAGUAAUGUACUGUAAUUAAAAUACAUAUCUUAUUAAUUGAGGUAACGAUUGAUAGUAAGGUCCUUGUAGUACGUGUUAAUUAGUGGGUAAUAAUAUGUAUUGCCUCCUUUAUGUACCUGCAAAAAGCACAGCCAACUGUUAAUAAGUGCAAAAUAAAGGAUUUGUUCAGCAUUGUUCUAUGUGCAUGGCUAACUGCUAAGAAAUGCAUAGUAAAGUAUGUAUUGACCUCAUUAAAGCAACAAAAAAGUUAAACAAUGAUAUAAUAGGUCAGUUAGUGAUCUGCAAUAUGUAGCCUUAUACACACAAUGUUGGCCACUUAUUAUGUGCUUGUAUUGUCCAUUUGGCUCCUGCCCAGGCAAUGCUGCCUGUCCAUGUGUGGUAUCCGCAUGGUAUCAUCGAUGGAUAGGUCCUCUGACCAUGAGAUUAAGCAGACAUGCUGCUCUCUUUUAAGAGCCAGCCAAAUUCGACUUUGAGAUUUGGUUACACGCCACAACUUGUGUGUGCCAGAAAAAAAUGUCCUCCUGGCGAACCAAAUGAAGGCAGAUUGGCCAUGAAGAGCCAAACCAGAAAAUGUCAUGUCCCCUGAGAAAGGUGAGCUGAAAAUAAUCCUGUCCUGGUUAGAAAUUGAAAAAGGAGACUGCGUGCACGAAGCAACACCCUACUACAGGACCUGCAGAUCACUGCACUCUACAACACAGCAGGAGUACAGAAUUGAACUCCCAGCAGUGCAGCCUCCACAUUUCUUUUGGAAUUUUCUAACUUUUGUGUAAAGAAGAUAUAACUUUCAGAGAUUGUUUUAUCGUGACCAGCUACCUGAUAACAUGGCAGCAUAUUUUGACAUCAAUGUACAUGCAGAACACUCUUUUCUCUCACACUCUUUAUGAUAAACAAUAUUUCAUCUUUGAAAUGUGUUGAAACUAAUGGUAAUCAUAUUUGCUACUAUUGACACGUUGACCUAUAAAUUCACUAUCUAUGAAUAAUUUAUGUCAGUGUGUUCCUGGUGUUUCAGACCCAGAUGGGUCAUUGUAGGAUUGCUCAUCUGAGUGUUCAUACUUCAUCAGAAAAUUCAUCGAUUACUUGCAGGCAUGAUCAUUCUGGCAAAUUCAUCUUUAGUAAAACUGUCUAUGUAUCUUCAAUGGCAUGCAAUGUACUUGUAAUUGAAUUUCGACUCUGAUGCUCUUGUAUUCCACUUUAACACCUUUUAAAACUGAUCACACAAACAUGGAACUAUGACCGUACCCAUAAACACCGGAACACAUUGAGUUACAUAACAUACUCCCUUCAGAAAGCAGGGCAGAACUUCUGAGGUGGAGAGCAGCAACAGUAGCAAGUGUAACAGCACAUACACAUCUUGUUUCCUCUGUGAGGUCAGUUUCCACCAGUUAAACCAGACAUAUCUCCUUCACUAGGGAGGCUCUAGAGAGGAUCAGGUGACACACAUCUUUUAUGCCCAGGCAAGAUGUUUCCUGUCAUAAGCAAGUUCCCUCCCUUUCUGCUCCUUUUCACCAUAUCCAUUAGGUUCAUCCAAAGGCUCCAGCUCAAAUGCAUCAGAAUAUGGAUUGUCCAGAACUUUGAGUUGACCUGCGAGAUAAGGCACAUAUUUGAUUCUAUUGAUCCUUAGGGCAAAACAUUUGAUUUAAAUUAAACAAAACACAGUUUAAAUCUCAUGAAAAUACAAAAGAGAACGUUGCUCUUCACAAACAUUCCAUAG